UUUUAUUACGGUGGUGCUUGGCCUACCAUAGGAGUGAGCUUGAUGGUUGGUCGGAUAUCCGCUAUCUACGGUUUACUCAUUUCUGAUGCUACUACACACAUAUUUGAAGAGGUAAAAGACGCAGGUCCCUCCGCUCUCAUUACUAUCGCAUGGGGCUAUUUUGGCAAUGGGUUUCUGGCUAUCAUUGUUUUACCGGCUUAUUACUCGCAAUCCCAUCGGUUCCAGCAUCGCUCACCGGAAGUUCCGGUUUCUAUUCCUAUAUGUUUUCCGGAAAAUUUCUUCUUUAGCCGGAUAAUGUUCAGCAAUAUUCUCUUCAACGAAUCAACCGCCCGUCAAACCCACGCCUUUGCGCGGUGGAUUUCUAAUGUCCAUCCUCACCGCCGAUUUCCGGUGCGUACCAACGGGCUAUCUUGCCUGACAAGGGGAUGUCAUGAAUACAGCAUUCACUGCAAACGUGAUGUCCCUUAG